GCUUAUGCAAGUCUAGGCGGAGACACCGGAGGGUAAGGUUUCAGCUGCGUUUGAGCUGCCCAAGCCUUUUGUCAGUUAGACGCAGAUGGUUCAGAAAGAUGCCGGUGCUAAAGGUGCGCAGUGUCCUGAUCACUGGCUCUAAUCGCGGCAUAGGCUUGGAACUGGUCAAGCAGCUGGUUGGGAAAAGCAACCGGCCGGAAUGGAUCUUUGCCACCUGCCGGGACCCAGAGGGACCACGUGCCCAGAUUUUGAAAGAUUUGGCUGCCAAGCACCGAGAAAUAGAGAUCAUCCCUCUUGACACAUCUGAAGCAUCCAGCGUCAAGGCUGCUGCCGCCAUAGUCACUGAGAGGCUGAAAGGAACUGGGUUGAAUUUGCUGAUCAAUAAUGCUGCGAUUGUCAAACCAAGCACUUUGGAAUCUGAGACACCGGAAGACAUGUUGGAGGUGUACAAAACCAAUGUGAUUGGGCCCAUGGUGGUAACCCAGGCCUUCUUGCCGUUGCUGAAAAAGGCCGCCCAGGAAAGCCCCCAGAAAGGGAUGAGCUGCAGCAAAGCUGCCAUUAUCAACAUCACCAGUGAAUGUGGUUCCAUUACAAAUGUCUUAGCGUGGGAAAUUGGACAAAUCCUCAAUUAUCGUUGCAGUAAGGCUGCUCUGAACAUGCUUACUAAGUGCCAGUCUCUGGGAUAUGCAAAAGAUGAGAUUCUGUGCAUUACGUUACAUCCAGGGUGGCUACAGACGGAUAUGGGGAAUGGAGCGAUGCUGGCCCCAAUGGGAGUGGAUGAGGGCGUGCAGAAGAUCCUGGAUACACUUGCCAGUCUCUCCGAGAAAAACAACGGCACUUUUGUGGAUUUGGAUGGGAAAAUUCUUCCCUGGUGACUGGCUCCUGCAAUGGUGCAACUUUCUAUUUGCUGCACUUCAGGAGGAGCACAUUUCUAGCGGGAACAAGAAUGCUUGACAACCUAAGCCAUCAAUCCACACAUAUUAUCCUGAAGUUCCCGCAGGCCUCUUCCUUCCAGCUGUCUUAUGUGCUAAGGUUUCUUUCAAUUGCCUUCCAUAUGAUUCUCCUUGUCCUUAUAUAAAUGAUAUUCAACAGUUCUAAUAAAUGUUGGGAAUAUGAUCUCAAUGUUAGGACAUUUACCAUACGUGGUGGUCUUGAGGAAAGACCCAGGAAUAUUGCCCUCAAAUACAUUGGAUGCUGGAAGAAACUGUUAUGGUUAAAUUCACAAUGAGACCACAGUUUUGUUUCUUGGGAAAGUUAGAUGACCAUUUAGACAGAACAUUUGGAAGAUUAUUGCAAUAUGAUCAUUGCCGUAUAUCCUCAGAUUGACAUUGGGAAAUCAGACCUCCAAAUUCUGAAAUGUAUAAUGACUAGCUUUGCCCGGCCACGCAUUGCUGUGGCUUAUGGGAAUCCUUUGUUGGCCAGUUGGAAUAGCAGUGAAUAGCCUUGCAGUCUCAAAGCCUGGGUGUUUUCUGGAGUAGCUGGAGCUUUUUGUUGUAUGAACGUAGAGGCAUGGAUGAGGGGGUUGUGCUGCCAAGUUUAGUGUUUCUGGGAUGUGGAGUUUUGUUGUUUUGUCCUAGGCCGAAAUUUCAUUACCCUUUUAUAUAUAUAGACUAGCUGUGCCCGGCCACGUGUUGCUGUGGCGAAGAAUGGUGGUAUGGGAAAUGAAGUAUUGAGGAAUUGGUGGUAGUUAAGGUAAAGGGUAAAGGUUUUCUCCUGACAUUAAGUCCAGUUGUGUCCGACUGCACACUGAAGUGGAUUAUAUGGCAGUGUGGAGUCAUGAUAAUCCAGUUCAAAGCAGAUAAUAUAAGAUUAUAAAUGGGUUAUAUAGCUGUGUGGAAGGGCCUUGAGUCUACACUGCCAUAUAAUCCAGUUCAAAUCUGAUAAUCUGUAUUUUAUACCGUGUUUCCCCGAAAAUAAGACAGUGUCUUAUAUUAUUUUUUACUCCCAAAGAUGUGCUAGGUCUUAUUUUCAGGGGAUGUCUUAUUUUUCCAUGAAGAAGAAUUCACAUUUAUUGUUGAACAAAACAAUGAACAUUUAUUCUAUACUGUACAGUAGUUGUCAUCACAAACUAACAUAAUCAAACCAGACAAACUGUGACUUCUGUCAAUAAUUUCUUGUUACUACCAUUUUUCCAUAUACAACUGGUAUGUACAUAUUUUCCAUAUACAACUGGUACAUUUACCAAUCCUGCAUGCUUUGGUGGGUGGCAGGCAUGCUUCCAAACAAAAACUUUGCUAGGUCUUAUUUUCGGGGGAGGCCUUAUAUUUAGCAAUUCAGCAAAACCUCUACUAGGUCUUAUUUUUUGGGGAUGUCUUAUUUUAGGGGAAACAGGGUAGGCAGUGUGGAAGAGGCCUAAGUGAGGCCUAACUCUGCCUAUGCCCUGGGCUGAGUGGGUUGCUAGGAGACCAAGUGGGCGGAGCUUAGCCUUCUAACUGGCAGCAAUUGGAUAAAAACAAUUAUUCCUCUCCCUCUAAUUAGGACUUUAUUUUUCUUUUCUUUUUGUUGUAUGAACAUAGAGGCAUGGAUGAGGGGGUUGUGCUGCCAAGUUUAGUGUUUCUGGGAUGUGUAGUUUUGUUGUUUUGUCCUAGGCCGAAAUUUCAUUACCCUUUUAUAUAUAUAGACUAGCUGUGCCCGGCCACGCGUUGCUGUGGCGAAGUCUGGUGGUAUGGGAAAUAAAGUAUUGAGGAAUUGGUGGUAGUUAAGUUCAAGGGUAAAGGUUUUCCCCAGACAUUAAGUCCAGUAGUGUCUUACUCUGGAGGUUGGUGCUCAUCUCCAUUUCUAAGCCGAAGAGCCGGCGUUGUCCGUAGACUCCUCCAAGGUCAUGUGGGAUGACUACAUGGAGCGACGUUACCUUCCCGCCAGAGCAGUACCUAUUGAUGCACUCACAUUUGCAUGUUUUCGAACUUCUGGGUUGGCAGAAGCUGGAGCUAACAGUGGGGGCUCUCUCCGCUCCCCGAAUUCAAACCUGUGGCCUUUCAGUCCAGAAGUUCAGCAGCUCAGCGCUUUAACAUGCUGCGCCAUCAGGGGAUAUUAUUUCCUAAAGGUUGUGAAUAUACAAUAUUUCUGAUUGGUUUUUUUUGUUUGUUGGAGGCAAGUAUGAAUGCUGCAAUUAGGAAAAAUGAUUAGGAUGUAAUGGCCUUGAAGCUUUAAAGCCUGGCUGUUUCCUCCCUGAGUGAAUUUUUUGUUGGGAGGUGUUAGCUGGCCCUCAUUGUUUCCUGUCUGGAAUUCCCUUGUUUUCAGAGUGGUGUUGUUUAUGAUAUUUUAUGUGCUUCUACUGUCUGUGGCCCUGAGAAAACAGAGGAUUUUCCAGACUUUGAUGAUGGGAAUACUUUGUUGGGAGGUGUUAGCUGGCCCUGAUUGUUUCCUGUGUGGAAUUCCCCUGUUUAUUUACUGUCCUGGUUUUAGAGAUUAUAUUGUUCUGCAUUAUUCUAUCCCAGUAAUUAUUUCAUAUUAAAGAAGAAUCUCACUUAUCCAACAUUCGCUUAUACAACGUUCUGGAUUAUCCAACGCAGUCUGCCUUUUCAUAAUCAAUGUUUUUGUAGUUAGUGUUUUAAAUUCAUUGUGAUAUUUUAGUGGUAAAUUUGUAAAUACAGUACAGUAGAGUCUCACUUAUCCAACAUAAACGGGCCGGCAGAACGUUGGAUAAGCAAAUAUGUUGGAUAAUAAGGAGGGAUUAAGGAAAAGCCUAUUAAACAUCAAAUUAAGUUAUGAUUUUACAAAUUAAGCACCAAAACAUCAUGUUAGACAACAAAUUUGUCAGAAAAAGUAGUUCAGUACACAGUAAUGCUAUAUAGUAAUUACUGUAUUUAUGAAUUUAGCACCAAAAUAUCACGAUAUAUUGAAAGCAUUGACUAGAAAAAUGCGUUGGAUAAUCCAGAAUGUUGGAUAAGGGAGUGUUGGAUAAGUGAGACUCUACUGUAAAUACUACAUAGCAUUACUGCGCAUGGAACUACUUUUUCUGUCAAAUUUGUUGUAUAAUAUGAUGUUUUGGUGCUUAAUUUGUAUAACGAUUACCUAAUUUGAUGUUUAAUUGGCUUUUCCUGAAUCCCUUCUUAUUAUCCAACAUAUUCACUUAUCCUGCCGGCCUGUUUACGUUGGAUAAGUGAGACUCUACUGUAUAUUUCUAAUCUUAUAUUAUCUGCUCAGAACUGGAUUAUCUGAGGCCCCUUCUUCACAGCUGUAUAAAAUGCACACUGAAGUGGAUUAUAUGGCAGUGUGGAGUCAAGAUAAUCCAGUGCAAAGCAGAUAAUAUAAGAAUAUAAAUGGGUUAUAUAGCUGUGUGGAAGGGCCUUGAGUCUACUCUGCCAUAUAAUCCAGUGCAAAUUAGAUAAUCUGUGGAAGAAACCUAAGUGAGGCCUAAAUCUGCCUGUCCCCUAACUGAAACCUGGCUGUCCCUUGGUUGCUAGGCAACCAAGUGGGCAGAGAUUAGCCCUCUAAACUGGCAGCAAUUGGAUAAAAAAAAUUAUUGCUCUCCCUCUAAUUAGGACUUUAUUUUUCUUUUCUUUUUGUUGUAUCAACCUUGAGGCGUGGAUGAUGGGUUGUGUUGUCAAAUUUUGAGGUUGGGGGGCCUGUACUUUUGUUGUUUUGUGAAUUGCCGUGAUGCCAUCACUCUUUUAUAUGCAAGUAUGAAAUAGAAGCCGCUGCUCCGCAAACCUAGCGAGCGAGCUCCACCUAAACCUUGGUUAUGAAUUGCCUUUGAAAUGUUGUCUGGUUGAACCCAAAACUCUUUCCUUUAAUUACCAUAUUCCCUUCACAAUGAACCGGGAGAUGGAAGGAAAUUACUCGAUGAACGUACAUCAGAGCUCCCUGGAUCCGUUUCCUGGCCCCAUUGAUACAAUCAUGGCUAUCUGCGGGAAAAAUCCGACACUCGUGCCUCAAACCAGCUUCACCUAUUGAGAUUGUCAUCAUCUCCAUGUAUCCAUUGUGUACAUUGGAUUAACCUUAUUGUAGUAUCCAGGACUGACCCAAUAAGCCCAUGAAGGACUCAUUGCAUAUUGCUACACCACAUUUCUUUUAGAUUGAGCUCUUCUCAGGGGUGGACCAUUAAACGGACUGAUACGUCAAAUGCUCUAACAACAGUUUAUUGAAUUUCCCACCACCACAAAGAGCCAACCAGCAAUGUCGUACAAAGUCCGACUAAGCCAUUCAAGACGCAGAUCAGUUUUUCAACCAAUCAGGAGCUAGUGCAGGUUUCUUCAGUGGUUGUCAAAUGAAAUAAAAAUUCUGACUUCUGGAAGAGAAAAUUAAAAUUCACAUAUUCGCAUGAUUUAAAAGAGAAUUGGAUGAAAAUGCUAUAUAGGUGGCACAUAACACCUAAAAAAUUGGGACUAAUAAAUAAAAGUACGAAUACAAAAUGCUGGAAAUGUGGAGAGGAAGAGGGUACAUACUUUCAUAUUUGGUGGAAGUGCAGAAAAGCAAAAGAGUUUUGGUCAAUAAUUCAUGAAAGUAUACAAAUGAUUCUAGAAAAAAGAUUCAAUAAACUACCUGAAACAUACCUAUUAGGCAUCUCAAACUUCUCCCCGGGCUCAAAUGAAGAAAAAAUAGUAACAUAUUUAACAACAGCAGCCAGAAUCACAUAUGGGAGACAAAAAGAAAUACCCAGCAAAACAGAUUGGCUAAUUAAAAUGUCAGAAAUAAAAAAAUAUGGAUAGACUAACCUUUUUAAUAGCUAACCAACAGGGAAAGCCAAGAAAAGAGACAAAUUGGCAACAAGUUGAGAACAACAUAAAUAGGAAGGAGAAAAACAGUAACAAAAAAUAAUAACAAUAAUAACAACAAAUAAAUAAAUAGGAAAAAAGACAUCUUGCUAAAUAAGACAUCAGACAGACUUACCUUCUAGAUAAAAAGGAAAUAUAUAUAUGUACAGUAGAGUCUCACUUAUCCAACACUUGCUUAUCCAACGUUCUGGAUUAUCCAACGCAUUUUUGUAGUCAAUGUUUUCAGUACAUCGUGAUAUUUUGGUGCUAAAUUCGUAAAUACAGUAAUUACUACGUAGCAUUACUGCGUAUUGAACUACUUUUUCUGUCAAAUUUGUUGUAUAACCUGAUGUUUUGGUGCUUAAUUUGUAAAAUCAUAACCUAAUUUGAUGUUUAAUAGGCUUCUCCUUAGUCUCUCCUUGUUAUCCAACGUAUUUGCUUAUCCAACGUUCUGCCGGCCCGUUUAUGUUGGAUAAGUGAGACUCUACUGUAUAUACAUAUAUACGCAUCAAAAGGCAAAAAGAAUGGAAUGAAGAUCGAGUAAGAAGAAAUAACAGAUGAAACACACCUCCGCCGGAAGAGACUGGGAAGACCUACCUUUUAUUUUUUAUAUCUUUUUACUUUUUUGUUAUUAUUACUAUCUCUUUCCUCACUUCUCUUCUCUCUUCUUCUUCUUCUUUUUUUCUUCUCUUCUCUUUCUUUCUUUUUUAUCAAAAAUGUAUGAAAAAUUUUCAAUAAAGAUUUAUAAUAAUAAAAAAAUAGAGCCAACCAGCAAUGUCAUACAAAGUCCGACUAAGCCAUUCAAGAUACAGAUCCUAGCUGUACAGUUUUUCAACCAAUCAGGAGCUAGUGCAGGUUUCUUCAAUGGUUGUCAAAUGAAAUGAAAAUUCUGACUUCACACCUGAGGUAUUUCAGUACUUUGGAGUGCUUUCUCCGCUGACAUCCUCUUUGGCCAUUGAGAAUAAAACUAUUGCCUUCUACUAGUCUGUGUCACUCGGCUUUCUGGGUCCUCGAAUUCGCAAUUUAGCAGAACUGAAAUCACGCAACAAGAUGAAUGAAACCCGUGAUUCCAACACAAGAAGAAGGACUGAUGGAAAUUUGUGAACUAGUGGAGAUGGACAAAUCAACUAUGCUGAUUAAGGAUAAAUCUUUGACCAACUUUAAGAUAGAUUGAGACUUCUACAUUACCUUUUCACUACAAUGAUGCAGGAAGAAUGAAAUCAUAGAAUGCUAUCAAAAGUUGAAGUUCGAUUGUACAAUAUCAUUUAAAGGGACUAGAAUAAUAAGGGAUAAAAUAAACUGGAUGUUGAGUGUGGCUUUUAGAAAUCUAUCUUUUAGUUUAGGAUAUCUGUGUAUGUGUUUGGUUUGUACACGUGCAUUUUGUUUUUAUGCUUAUGUUCUGUUACUUUUAGCUAUAAUAAACGUACCCCUAUUGCUUUGGUA